AGUCACUCAAGAAAAUGAUUGGUUGCAUUACAACUGUUUUAAUUUCAAUUGAUUACAUUUUCUUGAGUUUCUACAUCAAGCAUGCACAUUAGUAUUUAGUUGGGUUUUUUUUUUAAGAAGUAUGUUUCACUGGGUGGUUCCACACCACUCCUUAUCAGCCAUUUCAAUAUUAUAUCAAGCCGACGUCAUGAAGUGAAGGGAAAUAACUCUUAAACCCGGAAGAGUUAAAUAAAUAUUACCAGGUCCAAGAAACUGUCCUGUAAAGUACGGCUACGAUGAGAACUGUUAAAAUAUUGCUGCUAUUCCUGGCUUGUAAGGAAAUACAAAUAUGAGAACUUUAAAAUAUUGCUGUUUUAUAUCUUGACGCAGUCUUGCUGCAUAAGAAACUGCCAAUAUAAGAACUUUUAAAAUGUUGCUGUGUCCCGUUAUUGCCGUAUUCUAUCCUGAAUCAGUCUUGUGAAGAACUGUCACGAUGAGUACCUUUGAGGGUCGGAUGUUAGAAUAUACUUUCAUAUCUCUUGACCGAUUUGAUAGAAAGAACUUGUCAUCUACAAUGUUCUUUCUAUCUCAUACACACUUCGAUCACACCCAGGGACUUGGUGAGCCAGAGUUUUUGAAAGUUCUUGAGAAAAGGCAAUCUACUUAUUUAUACUGUUCUAAGUUGGUACAAACCAUUCUUCUCAAAAUGUCUUGUUUUAAAAAACUGGAACCUCAUAUAAAAGUACUAGAAGUCAACAGUCCAACUGUAAUUGAAGUCCCCAAUGAUGAACAUUCUUCUCAAAGUACUUGUUCUACGAUCACAGUAACCUUGCUACAAGCUGGCCACUGCCUUGGUUCAGUCAUGUUCUUAAUUGAAGGUUCUGAAGGUACCGUUCUAUACACUGGGGACUUCCGAUGGGAAGAGAAUGAAUUUUUCCGAAUGCCAUGGCUGAAGUCUGGAGACAACAUGAAAUUAAUUAAAAGCUUGUAUGUAGACACAACCUUCUGCAUUCCUGAGGCCUUUCAUGUUCCAACUCGAACACAAUCAUAUGAAGCUAUCCUUUCCGAAGUCACAAAGCAUUUUAAGAAAGAUGACAAUAAUUACGUAUGCAUCUUUUCUAAAACCGGAUUUGGUUAUGAACACCUGCUAGAGAAACUGGCUAAAGCUUUCAGAAUGAAAGUUCAUGUUGAUGAUUUUAAGAAAUCUGUUUAUGACACAAUUCCUAAACUUAAGGAUUCAUUCACUACAUCUGCACGAAGUACUAGAAUCCACUUUCACAACACUCAGUAUUGCCCACAGCUAAGAACCAAAAUAUCAGAAUUACUUGUUAUUAAAGUAUCUGUUAUGUGGUUUGUGGAAGGAUCCAGAAGAAAGGGCUGUGUGGAUGCACUUCAGUGGGUUGGCCAAAAUACAUGCCGUGUAUGUUAUUCCUUUCAUCCAUCAUUUGAAGAAGUUCAAGCUCUUGUUAGAUAUUUGAAACCUGAAAAUGUCCUUCCAAAUGUCUGUCCUCAAUGUUAUACUUUAGAGCAGACUCAAAUAAAACUCAAUAAGAUUCUGGAUGAGUCCAAACCAAAGAAACAGCAGCAGCAUUGUUCAUCUAAUGACAGCCAACUUGGAAUGAUGAAACUUAAGAAAGUUCCAGAAAUCUCUUAUCCUCCCCGAACAAGUGUUUCCUUUGGUGACUCUGAGAGUUCAUAUAAUCAAGAGUCACAGAUCUCGAUUUCAGAGAGUACCAGCAGUAACGAAAACGAAAAUAUGUCAUCAAGUUGUGAUGUUCAGGGAGUUGAGAGUGACAGUGUGAUGUUACAAAGUCAUGGAACCCCAAGAGAUAUAUCUGAAGAAAGUACAUCACAUUAUACCAAACUGAGAGAUAAAUUUAAAGACAAGAUAUCACAACAUAGCAAUACUUACAGAGAAAUGUCUAGUGAUAUGACAUCACAAAGCAAUAACAGCAAACAGGUUAUGUCCAACAACAAACUAUCACAGCAGUAUAACUCACAUGAAGAAACCUUAGAAAGUGUAACAUCACAUCAUUGUAAUAGCCAGAGUCACUCAUUAGAAAAUAUGUCACAAAAUUCCAUUCCAUGUGAAUUCAUGUUGCCCACUAUGGCAGCAGAACAGAUAAGAGAUAUUUCCCCAAAACAUGUAACUGAAUUAACUCACAUGUCACCAAAACCUGUAUCCAGUAACCAGGGUAACAUGUCACCAAAAUAUACAGAGAGUAAUAAAGAUAUGUUAACUAUGAAAUCACCAAGAGAUAAAGAAGACAAGGAAAAAUUAUUGUCUGAUGCUCCAUUAGAACAGUCAGAAGAAGAAAAAUACAAAACCCCAGAAGGAAAUGGAAAUUAUGUAAAUUACCAUCAAAUGUCUCCAAACAAUAUCUAUACUAAAAACUACACAGAACAAAAUGAAGUGAAAAAAAUUACAAGUCAAAACCAAAGUAAAGUUCUUGAUCAGAAAGAGGCCACAGACAAUCAAAGAGAUACAAAGAUUUAUAAAGAUCAACUAGUAAACCUCAGUCAAAUUUUCAGGCCAUUAUAUUAUUUUGGUGGUAAUAGCAGUCAGACAGAUCCAGGUUCUAUACAGCAUAUCAUGAAAAAGUCAUUUGAUUCUAAAGAUUCCAGUAAAAAUAUACCAGAGACAAAGCUUAAUGUUGAUGAUAAAUCCUCUGAUUGCAUUAGUGAUGGUAAAAGCAAAGCUAUAGCAUUACAAGAUGGACCUCUUUCAAAUAACAGUCAUAGUUCUAGUUUUGAUCAUUCCGUUUGCAAGAUUACUGAGAAGAGUAAAAGAAUGUCUGAGACCUCUCCAAGUAAGAAUAAGUCUGAAAUUCAGAGUUCAGCAUCAAGUGGUGUUACCAAAAGUUUUUCUCUUGCCAUGAAUAAAGAAGUGACUUCUAUGUUCAGUGUUGAUGAAGAUAAUAAUACAAUAAAUGAAAGUUUGAAGAGUGAAACAAGUUGCUCUAUCCCAGAAGUAAGUGCAGGAGGCAAUAAUACUGGGAACAUCUGUUGCAUGUCUAAAGAAAUUCCAUCUGAUAAAACUGUUUCUCAGUCAAUUCCUGCUUCUUCUCAACUGGGUAAACGAAAACAUGAAACAAUAGCUUCUUGUGAUGAUAAUUGCAGUAAUCACAAGAAUGUUUGUGACGUUCAGUUGGUAAAUAAUGUGGAGUCUUUUAUUUCUCAUUCUACUGUUUUAGAAAAUUGCACUGUUGAAGAAAAGCCGGUUAAUCAAAAUUCCCUUAAAAGUAAGCACAGGAUAAAUCUAGAUUCUACAACUUCAGCACAAUCAACAUCUAUUAAUACGUCUCAGAGCAAUUCAAAUGGGGAAGUAUUGUGCAAAAGCAGGGAAGAUAAUCAACCAAUAGAGAAAAGCUUGUCACAGACCACUAUAGUCAUUAGCGACUCUCAAAAUAGUGAGUGGGAUCCAGAUUGUGAGAAUAAAAAUUUAAGUGAAAGUCAAGAAACAAUGCCACCAAGUCCCUUUUCAAUAUCUUCAAGCUCUGAAUCUUUGCUGUCACCAAAGACAUUAGAGAGGAUGUCAUCGCUUCAUAACAACUGUGAUAAUAAUAAUCUUCCUGUUAACUGCCACGAUAACGUUACAAGUCCUCACAACUCAUCUAGUCAGGAUGAAGUCAUAAUUAUUGAGAAAAAAAUCCCACGUUUUGUAAUAGACUAGUACUAAUAAGGGAGAACUUUUGUUCUACAGUUAGGAAGUUUUUAUGAGAAUAUAGUUUGGGAAUUACUGUAACAAUAAUUUUUUUUAAAAACCUCCUUUAUACUUAAAAACUGUAUAAAGUAAUUUUUACAAAGACUUUCAAAUAUAUAUAUAUAUAUAUACAGGUCGUUAUCGACUUAUGACCAAUUGACUUUACGACAAUUGGCACGCCAGCUUCCAGCAGCAAUAAUAAAUAGUCCAGCUGAAAUCUGAUGGGUUUAAUUUCUUAGAAAUUAACCCAUCUACGGAUGAUGUCAGCCAACAAAUGCUUCUCCUAGGUUUGGUUAUCGAUUGUCACUGUAUUGGAUGACUAUCCUGACAUGGAGACAUCGAGAACUGCUUAAGACUAACGCCAGUAUAGUAGUAUGAUAUAGAAUGCUGUGUGUGACCUUUACCUGAAAAUGUACCAUAAGAAUGUAAAAAUAUAAAACAAAGCCAUGUAGGCCUAUAGGCCAACUUACAAUCAAUCAGAACCAAUUGUGGUUGGAAGUUGACGAUGACCUGUAUUUCUUUUUUGUAUCUGGUUUGCAAGAUUCUUGAUGUGAAUUUGUGUGUUGAAGCAUAUUUUGUUGUAUCUGGAGAGAGUAAUUUUGUCUUUAUGCCUUAUUAACUAACACAUUUACUGGUCUAAUUUCCAUUCAAUUUGUUUAUAUAUAUUUUUUUCUUCCAGAAUUUUCCUUACUUCUUGCAACCUUCUCAAUAGUUGUUGACUGUCCGUUAUUGGAGCUGUAGUCCUUUUGUUUAUUUGUGCACAUGUGUAUGUAUUCUACAUAUUCAUUUUUGUGUGUACCUGUCUCCUUGUGUGUGCAUGUUUGAAUGUGUCUAUGUAUGAGUUUGUGUGACUAUGGAUGUGUGUAUCUGUGUGUGGAGUGUGUGUGUGUAUAUGGCCAUGUUUCCAUCUACUUUUGUGUGUGCUUGUCUGUCCAUAUCACCUCUGUACCUAUCUAUCUGUUUUCCUACAUAUCCAUUUACCUAUGUAUGUAUAUUGUGGGUAUCACUACUUUCUAUGUGUAUUUCCUAUUUAGUACAGGUGAUGUUUUGUUUAUGAGGCCAACUUGACAUCUGCAUUUUAUCCGAGUAACCGAAGAACCUAUCACUCAGACAAAUACAGGACUACGUCCUCAUAAAUGAAACAUCUCCCACACUAAAUAGGAAAUACAUGUAGAAGGUAGCGAUACUCAAAUACAUACAUAGGUAUAUUUGUUAAUAGGCUGUUAUGUGGGUGUAUAUAUAUAUAGGUAGAUAUGUAGGAAAACAGAUAGAUAGGUACAUAGGUAAUACAGACAAGCAUACACAGACACACAUACAAAAACAUGAAUAUGCAAAAUACGCACAUGCACAUAAACAAACAAAACGAACACAGCUCUGAUUACAGUCAACAACUAUGAGAAGAUUGCAAGAAGCAAUAAAAAUUCUGGAAGAAAAAAUAUAUAUAUAAAUAAAUAGAGUGGAAAUUGAACUGGUGAAUGUGUUAGUUAAUAAGGUAUAAACACAAAAUUAAUCUCCCCAGACACAGCAAUAUGUAUACAUAAUGUCCCUCACACAAAAUAUCUUGCAAAAUAUUUCUCUUUAAAACUAUAUCACUCCCACAACACUUGCUGGGUCCCUAACAAAAGUAUUUGGCUUAAAAAGAUUUGGUUUCAUAAGUUAUAAAUAGAAAGAUACCCUAUGACUUUUUCUAUUUCUUACUUAGUUAUUUUUCAACCCAUUUACUUAAAUUUUAGACAAUUUCAGGAUAAUCCCUGAUGCUGAGAAGUCAAAAUGAAACAAAGAUACUAUAUAUAUAUAAAGAUAUAUAUAUAUAAACAGUUCCUAUGUAACUAAGUCCAUCAGACUACUAACAGUUUCAAUAAGUACAGCUCACUUCAGCAAAAAGCAGAAGCACUGACAAGUAUUUGUUUCUUUCAUUGCUGAAUUCGGCUGUUCUUUUGAGCCAGGAAAAGCAACAGCAAACCAAAUCAGUAUAUUCUUUGUAAGAAAAUCAAGAUUUCAUAAGCUUUGUCAUGACAUGAAAUCAAUAAUUAUAGAUUAUAUACAUACACGCACACCACACUUAAUGUUUACAUAACAUGAGAAUUCAUGAUCUGUUUUAAAUGAUUGCAUGCAAUGGAUUACACUGAAUGAAAUUAAAAUAUAUAUUUUUCUCUAAAA